CUCUCAGCCCACCUCACACGGUCUAGGCGUCGGCUCCGGGACCCUCUGUGGGCAGGUCUGCGCCCUCUUCUCCCGUGUCAACCUGGUGCUGAAUCUUGAACCCGUGAAAUACCUUCUUAAUUACAUCUGAGAAAAGGAUCCUGAUUGAAUCAGUGCUUUUACACUAUAACUCAAUGCUCUCCAUGAAGCUGAGAUAUGCCCACUGUUGAGAGUGAAGCAAAGGUGAAGACCAAAGUUCGCUUUGAGGAAUUGCUUAAGGCCCACAAUGAUCUAAUACGUGAAAGAAAAAAACUGAAGAAAAAAAUUGGCAAAUCUGGAGAAAAAUUCUCACUUGAUGCAGUUAGAAGCAAUCUUCAGAAAACCAGGGAAACUAAAAGUGAUGAUAUAAGUGCUGCUAACACUAAGAACCCAGGGAAGAACAUGCGAGUCACUAAAAACAAACCAAGAGAUCCACAGCCAGCAAAUGAAGAUCCAGAUAAUGAUGUUAAUGUGGAGGACGACAGGCAAGAAAAGGCAAAUAAAAAGGUUAUAAAAACAGCACUCCAGGUGACAGCACAAGAAGUGGAGCCGGAAACUCCUGAGAAGAAGGCGGAUGCAAUACCGCAGAAAGCACGGACCAAGCCACUGCCAGGUGUCACUCAUGAGAAAAGUGAGACGGCCAAGGAAGGAGAAAAUAGUUUACAUGAGGAAGAACUGAUGCAAGUAUACCAGCUCCAAGUAGCUGAAGAAAUGGCAAAGGAGAUUAAGAAGAAAAUCCGAAAGAAACUCAAGGAGCAGUUGGCUUACUUUCCCUCAGAGACCUCCUUUCCUUCAGAUACUUCAUUGUAUGAUGACAAAUUGAACGGUGAAAAAGGAAAAAAGAAAAAAAAGAAAGUUCCAAUCCUGUCUAAAUCUGAAACAAGUACAUUGAUCAUCUCUGAUGACCCAGUUGAAGGUGAACAAAAGAAGGAACCUCCAGUUGGAGCAGUUACUUCAGAUUCUCAUCAAGAUGAUGAAAUAAGCUCUAAGGAACAACAUGUAGAAGACAAUGUGCAAGAUGACACAAAAUCCAAACGGAAAAAAAAGAAGAAGGCUAAAACAGUUUCAGAUGAUAAUGAAUACACUGAUGGUGACGGUGUUCAUGAAAUAACAAGCCGAGAUAGUCCAGUUUAUCCCAAAUGUUUGCUUGAUGAUGACCUUGUCCUGGGAGUUUACAUUCACCGAACUGAUCGACUUAAGUCAGAUUUUAUGAUUUCUCACCCGAUGGUAAAAAUUCAUGUGGUUGAUGAGAAUACUGGUCUAUAUGUCAAGAAAGAUGAUAGUGAACGGCCUGUUUCAUCUUACUAUGAAAAAGAGAACGUGGAUUAUAUUCUUCCUAUUAUGACCCAGCCAUAUGACUUUAAACAGUUAAAAUCAAGACUUCCGGAGUGGGAAGAACAAAUUAUAUUUAAUGAAAACUUUCCCUAUUUGCUUCGAGAUUUUGAUGAGAGUCCUAAAGUCAUCCUGUUCUUUGAGAUUCUUGAUUUCUUAAGCAUGGAAGAAAUCAAGAACAGCUCUGAAAUUCGAAACCAAGAAUGUGGCUUCCGGAAAAUCGCCUGGGCAUUUCUCAAGCUUCUAGGAGCCAAUGGAAAUGUAAACAUCAAUUCGAAACUUCGCUUGCAGCUGUAUUACCCACCCACAAAGCCUCGAUCCCAAUCAAAUGUCGUUGAGGUUUUUGAGUGGUGGUUAAAAUGUCCAAGAAAUCGUUAUCCAUCAACGUUGUAUGUAACUGUAAGAGGAUUAAAAGUUCCAGAAUGUAUAAAGCCAUCUUACCGUUCUACGACGGCUCUUCAGGAAGAAAAAGGUAAACCAUUGUAUUGUGAACAACACCACGAGGCAUGUUCAGUAGACACAGAACCUGGAUUAGAAGAUUCAAAGGAAGUGGUGAAGUGGAAACGACUGCCUGGGCAGGCUUGCCGUAUCCCAAACAAGCACCUCUUCUCACUAAAUGCAGGAGAGCGAGGAUGUUUUUGUCUUGCUUUCUCCCACAAUGGAAGAAUAUUAGCAGCAGCCUGUGCCAGCCGGGAUGGGUAUCCAAUUAUUUUAUAUGAAAUUCCUUCUGGACGUUUCAUGAGAGAAUUGUGUGGCCACCUCAAUAUCAUUUAUGAUCUUUGCUGGUCAAAAGAUGAUCGCUAUAUCCUUACUGCAUCAUCUGAUGGCACUGCCAGGAUAUGGAAAAAUGAAAUAAACAAUACAAAUACUUUCAGAGUUUUACCUCAUCCUUCUUUUGUUUACACGGCUAAAUUCCACCCAGCUGUAAAAGAGCUGGUGGUUACAGGAUGCUAUGAUUCUGUGAUACGUAUAUGGAAAGUUGAUAUGAGAGAGGAUCCUGCCGUAUUAAUCCGACAGUUUGACACUCACAAGAGUUUCAUCAACUCUCUCUGUUUUGAUAUUGAAGGUCAUCACAUGUAUUCAGGAGACUGCACAGGGGUGAUUGUUGUUUGGAAUACGUAUGUCAAAGUUAAUGAUGUGCAACACUCGGUGCGUCACUGGAGUGUAAAUAAGGAAAUUAAAGAGAGUGAGUUUAAGGGGAUUCCAAUAAGUUACUUGGAGGUUCAUCCCAAUGGAAAACGUUUGUUAAUUCAUACCAAAGACAGUACUUUGAGAAUUAUGGAUCUCCGAAUAUUAGCAGCAAGGAAAUUUGUAGGUGCAGCAAAUUAUCGAGAGAAGAUUCACAGUACUUUGACACCAUGUGGGACUUUUCUCUUUGCUGGAAGUGAGGAUGGUAUAGUGUAUGUUUGGAACCCAGAAACAGGAGAACAAGUAGCAAUGUAUUCUGACUUGCCAUUCAAGUCACCCGUUCGAGAUAUUGCUUAUCAUCCACUUGAAAAUAUGGUUGCAUUUUGUGCGUUUGGGCAGAACGAGCCAAUUCUUCUAUAUGUUUAUGAUUUCCAUGUUGCCCAGCAGGAGGCUGAAAUGUUCAAACGCUACAAUGGAACAUUUCCAUUACCUGGAAUACACCAAAGUCAAGAUGCUUUAUGCACCUGCCCUAGACUGCCUCAUCAGGGCUCUUUUCAGAUUGAUGACUAUGUCCGUACUGAAAAUUCUUCAAUGAAGAUGCAGCAAGUGAAACAGAGGAUUGAUUCUGUCACAGAGGUGAUACGAGCCUGUGAUGCAAAGGUUAACAACAAUCUCUCAUUUACUUCAGUAUCAGUCUCCUCACAACAGUCGAAGUCAAAACAAUCAAACAUGCUGGACGCUCAUCAGAUGCUGCAUCAAUUUGGUUUCACUCAAACUGGAUGUUUAAUUCCUGCAUAUACAGAUUCUGGGAAUGCAAGAUUCAUUCAUACAUUCAGGAUUAUCAGUAUAGAAAGAAAGCCUUGUAACCACCAUGUAGAUACAGCACCAACGGUAGUGGCCCUUUAUGACUACACAGCGAAUCGAUCAGAUGAACUAACCAUCCAUCGCGGAGACAUUAUCCGAGUGUUUUUCAAAGAUAAUGAAGACUGGUGGUAUGGCAGCAGAGGAAAGGGACAGGAAGGUUAUUUUCCAGCUAAUCAUGUGGCUAGUGAAACACUCUAUCGAGAACAGCCUCCAGAGGUAAAGGAGCGAUCCCCUCCUUUAACCCCUAAGGAAAAAGCCAAAAUGGAAAACGUUUUUUCAGCUCCACAAAAGCAGUCAUUCAAGUCCCAGGAUUUCAGACCAGGCACAGAGUCUAUGACACAUUCUGAGGUGGGCAGAGAACAGAGCCUUGAGGACCGCAGACACAUCAUGGAUAUACAGGGGAAGAAGAACGAGCAAACCGGCCAGAAAGUCACCCUCAUAGAGUAAAGAGCUGAAGAAGAAUAAAGAGGCAAGGAACCAAAUACACAGAAAUGAAAUGACAGAUUAAACCAAAUGGAAUUUCUCUUCAGAGUUCAGAAAUUUCAGAUGGCCAGGGAGAAAGGAAGGCUCUACUAUUUCUUAUCCUUAUGAAAGAAUCUAGAAAAAUCAGAAGCAAGGUAUGGGUGGAAAAAUAAAUGUGGCCUUUUGAGCUUAAUUGUUAUAAAACAUUGUGUUUGCUGUUGAUCAAAGUAUUGGUACUUGUAUUUAUUAGUAGCUGCAUCAAAAUUACAUUACCAUUCUUGGAAAAAUCAAUAAAGAAAAACCAUAAUUGCCAUGCAGCAAAUAUGAGGGAAAAGUGUUUGCCUUGUUAGGAUGUCCGUAAAGUAAUCAUUUAAUAUUAUAACUGUAAUGUGGUUAUAUGUGUGAUGAUAUACUCAGAAUAUGAAAUAUCUUCUAUUUAAAUUUAACUUUAUUUAAAAUAAAGAUAAGCAGCUUCAGGAUUUUGUGUAUUCAAAAUGGUCCAAGUAAGAAAGGCAUUAAAAGGUAACAAAUGUGUUUGUUUUGAACGAAUCAUAUGUGUAUAUUGAUACACAUAAACUAAAAGUGGUUUUUGGGUAGACUGGCAACAGUGUUCCAAAUUUUUUUACUUUUAAAAAAAAGCAUUUCAUGUUGAAGCAUAUAAGUGAUUUGUAGGCUUAACACUGAAUAUUUAUUUUAGUCUUAAUACUUGUUUUUAAAUUUUUACAUAGGAUUAUUUAUUUCUUUAGUUCCAGAGUAACAGUGUCAUUACUAGGUGACUAUAUAUUUUGAAGUGAGAUGUUAUAAAAUGGGAAAGUUCAUCUCUUUGUUUUUCACUUGACUCUUCUUAAAACUGUGUGAUUUUAAGUCUGUCAAUAAAAUAUUUAACUUCAAGAAGGUCAAAACUAAUAUAAAAUUAGAAAACUUAUUUACCAAAUUAGACCGUUGAUUCCAUUAAAGUAAGAAGUGAGAAAAACAGUGUUGGGCAUUGAGAUGUAAAUUUUGCCC